AUCAUAUUAUCCAGCAUUUUAUUUUUUUGGGCUUUACUUAAUACUUACCCAUCCAACUCAUAUAUAUAAUGUUCAAUAAAAAAAAAAAUUAAAAAUAUAUAACUCAUGGUUACCCCAAAUCCAGUGCGGUACCAGUAACCCAACCCGUUUUCGUAUCCCUCCAAUUUUAUCCUCUCAGCUCCUCCUCCCUCCUCCAGUGUCCACCGUCUUCCACCGCUAUUCUCCGGCCCGGAAAACCCAGCCCACCUCCUGUCUUCCUUCUUCCCCUCUCUCCCGUUCAAACGUUGCACUGCCAUUGAUUCUGUUGAUCCUCCCCCUUGUUUUUACCGAGACGGAGACUUAUAAACCUCAAAAUGAAUGCUGUGAUAGCUCAACCAACACGCGAUUUUCUCAACUCGGGUUUUAAAGUUGACCCUUUGUUGCCUCAGGCUUCUAAUAAAAUAUUUGACUCAAGGCAUGAAUCACUUGAAGUUGCUAGGAAGUCAGUACCUUUUUUCUCGCAAAACUAUGCGCUUCGGCGGAAUGAGAGGUUUAUUUUCUUAAAGUGCAAAUCCUGUUUAAGAGUUAAAGUCCCUUUCGUCAUUGAACCAAAGAGAAAAUUACUGAAAUUAUCAGCCUUCAAGAGCAAUAACCAAAAUGAUGAAUCAGCAGGUAAGACUACUGGGUCCAAGUUCUUGAAAAACUCGGUAGGACUUUCAUAUACACCGCAAGACAGCCAAGCCAGUUUGACAGAGUCUUCGAAGCCACAGAGUGUCCCAGCUUCUUCAUACACUUCAGAAUCAGAAUCAGCUCCGGGUUCGCUCGCCAUACAAAAUCUAUUCAAAAGUUGGUUAAUGUUGCUGCGGAUGCCAUCCCAAAACCAUGCUGUAAAUGGAAGUGCUGAACAGCCAUCCUCAAUGGAGACAUCUGAAACACAGAGUUCCACGGAACAGAAAGAAAGAGUCCACAUUCUAAAAGCAGUCUGGUCUUUCUUUUGGAGUCUACCUAUUUCAAUAAGUAUAUCUUUAGUUACCUUUGUCCCCCUUUAUCUGGCUGUGAAUCUCAAGUAUGGAGCUGAAGUGACAAGAGAGUUAGCUCCUUUAUGGGUUGGAGGGCCAUUAAUUGUGGCUCUAUAUAUUAAGUUGCUCAGAGGCAUAGGUGCGCUUUAUGUUUUCAGCUUCAAGCAGACAGUUAAAGUGAUCCGGAACUUGCCUACCUACUUAGUGGCGAUUCACCAAUUUAUUUUCCAUGGGAAGCUUAAUGAACUCGUAAGAAAGCAUCUAUUACAACCUCUGGUUGAUGUGAAGAACUUAUUUCAGAAAGAGGAGUUUAUAAGAAGGAUGAAAGAAUUGCAGGUAUAUUUCAUGGAAAAAUAUCUGGACUUUGUGGAAUCAAUAUGGCCUUAUUACUGCCGAACAAUAAGAUUUCUAAAGAGAGCGAACCUCAUAUAGGUUUUGAGGCUUGUAUUUUGAGAUAUACAGAUGAGAGUACAUAGGUUGCAAAGCCCCCCUUUUUGUUUCGGUUACUAGUUAUUUAGUUCAUUCUCUUCUUGGCAUCGGGAACAAGUAGAUCAUUUUGAGAUGGAGUCAAACCCCACUAUAGGAUCAUGUUUACUUUGAGGAAUCAGAAAUGCAGCAGAAAAUGCAGGUUGAUGUGAUUUUGCAUUUACGUUCAAUGAAUCAUUAUGAAUCGUUAAUUCAUUAAGCAUGUGUACCACUUAUUAUUUUCCAGUAGGUUGACAACACAGUAUUAGUUCCUAGUAAGAAGUUGUAUGGUUUGGAAUUUUGUACAGUUGAACAGUUGCCUCCCAAUGAAGUUUAAACCUGUUCUCAUAGGUUUAUACGCCUCCCAAUGAAGUUUAAACCUAGUUAGCAGAAGUGCGUAU